GAUAACAAGCUGUGGAUGCACAACCAGCUUAGAGAUCUUGGUCGAGAAAUUGUUCGACAAGAAAGUAACAUGGAAUUUGGGAGGCACAGUAGAUUAUGGAACCAUGAGGAAGCAUUGCAGAUAUUAAUACAUAACAAGGGCACUGAAAUGGUUCAAGCCCUCUGUCUUAAGUUUGAUAGCAAGUCACAGUACUAUCUCACUCGAGUUGAAUUUUCAUGUCUACAAACUUAAGGUUCCUCCAGGUCAAUGGCAUGAACCUCGCUGGUAAUUUUGAAAAUCUGCUUCCUCAGUUAAGAUGGCUUUGUUGGCAUUAUUGCCCUUCAAAUUUUUUGCCUACCAAUUUUUAUCUGAGUAAUCUAGUCAUAGUUGAUCUCUCUUGGAGCAAGAUCAGUGAAUAUUGGGAGGGCUGGCAUCAAAUCAAGAUGUCGAAGAACCUAAAGGUUCUUAAUCUUACGGGAUGUACGUGCUUAUACAGGAACCCUGAUUUUUCUCCCUAUGGAGCUCUCGAGAUAUUGAUUCUUGAAGGCUGUGAAAGUUUAGUGGGAAUCGAUGCAUCCAUUGGUGGCUUAAAGCAUCUUAUUUCAUUAAACAUGAAGGACUGCCAUUCGAUCCAAGAGUUGCCUGAAAAGUUGGGCUCUAUGGAAGCUUUGGCAGAGCUCAUUCUUGGUGGAACCUCUGUACAAGAAAUUUUUAUGAUGCCUGGAGGUAUGAAGAAGCUCGAAACUCUUAGUGCUCGUGAUUGUAAGUCAUUGAGCCAGAUUAGAAGCUCAAUCAGCCAGCUGGAAUCUCUCACAUACCUUGCAUUAGAUAAUGCAAAAAUCACUCAUCUCCCAGACUCUAUUGGAGAGCUAGUGAAACUUGAGCGCUUAUCUCUGAAAGGUUGUAGGUCAAUAAACAGACUUCCAGACACCGUCGGGCAACUAGAGUCAUUGGUCGAGCUGGAUCUAUCCAACACAGGGGUAACUGAGUUGCCUGAUCCGAUAAGCAAUUUGAGGAACCUGAAAGUGUUGAUAGUCGAGGGAAGUUACAUGGAGCAAAUACCAGUUGUUAUUGGGAUGCUGGAAAAGCUUGAGGAGAUACAUGCCAAGGGUUGCAACCUGGAGGGUGACAUUCCUAGUGAUAUAGGGGAACUUGUAUACCUGAGAAUCUUGAGAUUAUCAGAUAAUCGCAUUCGUAGGUUACCAGAAACUAUUUGCAGACUCUCUCCUCUGCAGACCCUUGAUUUGGAGUUAUGCAAAGAGCUUAAAGGGCUUCCAGAGCUUCCUAGUAGUUUGAUUAAUCUACGAGUUAGUUCUCAGUCAACGGAGAAAAUCCCAGAUCUCUCCAAUCUGAUUAAUCUGAGGCAAUUGUAUUUGUCCGAUGGCUCUCAUCUGCAGGGGUUUCCCACCAAUGACCCAACCAAGCUGGUCCAAGAUCCUAACCCUAUGUGGCUUGGAAUGUUAUCCAAAUUGGAGACAUUGCAGCUUUCUCUCUCGAAAAUCACUACAUUACCAGCAAAUAUGGGUUUGCUUUAUCGACUCAAGAAACUGGUAUUGUCCUGCGUAGAUCUGCAAUCCUUUAUUCAACUCCCCUCUAGCUUAUCUACACUAUAUAUAGGCAACUGCAAGUCUAUGACAAUUGUUCCUGAUCUUUCAAACUUGAGAAAUCUGUCAGAGUUGGAGCUCCUUCACUCGGCUAUUUCAGAGAUUCGGGGCAUUGAAGGUUUGGAGUCACUUCACGUUUUUUAUGUGAUAUACUGCAAAUUGAAAAAGCUUGAUGGGCUUGAACGGUUAAAAUCCCUGAGGCGCUUGGUUCUACGUAACUGUGAGUCCCUUGACAGAUUACCCAAUCUCUCGAACUUGAAGAAGCUGAAAGAAUUUAAGCUGCGAGACUGUGAGAAGUUGCUUGAGAUCCAAGGAUUUGAUAAAUUGGAGUUAUUGGAAGAACUGCAGAUAUCCCGCUGCAGAUCCAUCGGAAGUUUACCUGAUUUGUCAAACUUGAAAAAGAUGAAAGUUCUGGAAAUUGAGAAUUGUGAUAAGAUCAAGGAGAUUGGAGAGCUUGACAGAUUGGAAUCCCUGGAGGAAUUGAAGAUUUCGGAGUGCAGAUCCUUGGAGAGACUACCAAACUUGUCAAACUUGAAGAAGCUGAAAGACUUGGAGAUCGAGAGCUGCGAGAAGAUAAGCGACAUUGAAGGCCUUGACCAGUUAGAGUCCUUGGAGAACUUGAGGAUUAUUGGCUGCAAAUCUAUAGAAAAGUUGCUAGACCUAUCGAGCUUCAAAAGCCUGAAAUCUCUGUACAUUGAAGAUUGUGAAAAGAUACGUGAAAUUGUAGGUCUUGGGAUCCUGAGAUCCAUCAAAGGAGAUAACUUUUUCUAGGCAUGACACAGCUUUAUUUUCUUCAAAUUAACCAAUGGUG